CGGGGCGGGCCACGUUGGGCUGCGGGCUUGGGGCUGAGCUUGUGGCAAAAGAGAGAAUCUGCAUACAUAUAUGUCAGAGAAGCAGAAAUGUCAGAUGAUAUCAGGAAAAGGUUUGAAUUUCCAAAUUCUCUUAUCCAAACACAGGCUGUGGGUCAUCUUCUUGCUGCAGUCCUAAAGGAGAAUGGUUUUUCAGAAAAGAUCAAUCAAUCCACAAACCAGACCCCUGCUUUGAACUUGCUCUGGGAGAAGUGCUGCAGUGAUAACGUGGUGGUUCGGACAGCCUGCUGCGAGGGUCUGGUGGCACUUGUUGCGCAGGAUCACGCGGAGUUCAGCUAUAUUCUCAAUGGGAUCCUCAACCUGAUUCCCUCCGCCAGGAAUACACAUGGCUUGAUAAAAGCUAUCAUGAAAUUAUUACAAAUGCAAGCUGUAAAGGAAGGACAAGCUGGCGAGAAGAAUAUUCAGGAUCUAUAUUCUAUUAGAAAUCAUCCUCAGCCUUUGAUCACUGUGCUCGAGCACAGACCUGAUUGCUGGCCCGUGCUUUUGCGGCAGCUGACAGCUUUUUUCCAGCAAUGCCCUGAAAGGUCAGAAGCUUCAUGCGUCCAAAUAAUGGCACCAUUUCUCUGGUAUCUGUAUUGUGAGCCAUCCCAGUUGCAAGAAUAUGCUAACCUCAGACUAGCCCUGCUGAAGGUCCUCCUUCAACCCCGGGUUCUCUGUGACAAAGAACAGCCAUCGACACUGGAGCAGCAGAUCCUUCAGCUGUGUUGUGACAUGGUCCCCUGCUUGCAGAUAAAGGAUUUGAUACAGACAACAGAAGUGAUGCUGUUUAUCGAGGAAGUAUAUUUAAGCCUUUCGCGUCACCCUGGUUUCUGGAAAAUUCAGCUUACCCAGCUGACCCUUCAGCUGCUGUGUGUCUGUGAAGUCAGCUUGAAGAUAACUGGGGAAUGCUCAUCUUUAAUCUGCCUUUUGGAGCGUAGUGUUGAACUGCUGAAGGAGGAUUUUCCUGUUGAAUUGGUCAUAAUUGGAAUAGCUAUGCUGCUUCUACAGACUCCUGCAAGUCAGCAGAAGCCAAUCUUAAGUCUAGCUUUGAAGCUCCUCUCUUUUGCUGACGGUCAGAAAAUCCCAAAGUCCUCCUUGCUGCUAGUCAUGCCAGUUCUGCAGAUACUUUCUUCUACGGCCUUGGAAGACUGCAUAUCCACGGAUGAAGACGGUCCCUCGAGGCAGCAGUUGGCUCUGAAGCUUUUAGAAACGGUACAGCAAGGGUGCUACAGAGACGACCACCAACAGCUGCCCUCUAAGCUCGCGCUCCCCAUUUCUAGCACAUAUGCUUCAAUAUUUACAACCUGGAGGAUCCUUGAAGUACUGCGAGACGAGUCUGCAGCGAGUGACUGGCUGGCUUCAGUAGAGUCCUUGCUCCCUAUGACUACAACGAUCCCCGUGCAUGUUCUGCUGCUGCUGGUUCACCUCCUUGUUGAAGAUAAAGGACAAAAUCUUCGCCAAAUACUGAAGGUCACCACAGAAUUAGCCCAAGCAGAUUCCUGUCAGGUACCAAAUUUGAUUCCAGUUUUGAUGUUCAAAUUGGGAAGACCACUGGAGCCUGCAUUAUACAUUGAUAUCUUAUAUACUUUACCUACACUUGGUGUUCACAAGGUGUGCAUAGGACAAAUUCUACGAGUAAUUCAACUUCUUGGAACCACUCCACAACUACGAGCUGUCACUUUGCGCUUGUUGACAUCUUUGUGGGAAAAGCAGGAUCGUGUCUAUCCUGAACUGCAGCGGUUCAUGGCCAUGUCUGAGGCACCCUCUCUGUCCGCGGGCAAGGAAGUCCAGUGGGAGAAACUGAUCGCUAAAGCAGCAUCCAUCAGAGACAUAUGUAAGCAAAGGCCCUAUCAGCACGGUGCAGACAUGCUGGCCGCCAUCUCCCAGGUGCUGAACGAGUGCACCAAGCCUGAUCAGGCCACCCCAGCGGCCUUGGUGUUACAAGGUCUCCAUGCACUCUGCCAAGCCGAGGUUGUUUGUAUUCGCUCCACUUGGAACGCUCUCUCCCCGAAGCUGAGCUGUGACACCAGACCUCUCAUUUUGAAGACGCUCAGUGAACUGUUUUCUCUGGUUCCUUCCCUAACCGUCAACACAGCUGAAUACGAGAAUUUCAAAGUUCAAGUCCUCAGCUUCCUCUGGACUCACACUCAGAACAAGGACUCGGUUGUAGCAAAGGCUGCCUAUCAAUCUCUGUCACACUUCAGCGCUGGCGAGCACACGGUUCUUCACCUGCCCGAACAGAUAAGACCAGAAAUCAGUCCUCCUGAGCUGGAUGAAGGUGAAGAUGAGGAGGGUGAUGAAAAGGAUGUGGAUCUUUCGAUUCCUGGCUCUUGCUAUCUCAAACUGUUGCCACUCACCUCGCCUUUGGUGUUACCAGCAUUGGAGGAAUUUUUUACAUCGCUUGUGAAGCAAGAAAUGGUGAAUAUGCCCCGUGGGGUAUACCACUUGGCAUUGAAAGGAGGUGCCCGCUCAGACCAAGGAAAGACUGUAGCAGGAAUCCCCAAUUUUAUAUUGAAAAUGUAUGAAACAAACAAGCAACCAGGUUUGAAACCUGGCCUUGCAGGGGGUAUGUUGUUUUGUUACGAUGUUUCAAUGUAUCAGAGUAAAGAUGGCAAACCUUUGAAUCGACUGAUGGCCAGUAGAGGGCGAAGUUUCAAGCAGACCUCACUUGCUCUGGUGCAUGAGGUUCACAUCCAGCUCUCAGAGUGGCACCGCGCCCUUUUCCUCCCACAGGCCUGGCUGGCAUACAUGGGCCGAGCGUAUCAUGCCAUCUUACAGGGAAGGAUAGCGGAGCUGGAGCUGCAGUUAAAACAUGGAAAGGAGAGCGCUGAGGAGGUGCAGAUCAAAAAAGGCACAGCCUGGCUCUGGGUCCGAGACAUGUUGACGGAUGAGAUCACCAAGUCAGCUGCAAAGGAGAGCCCGGUGGUGAAAGGCAACGCACUGUUAGCCUUAAGCAGCCUUGCUGUCGUCGUAUCCAAACAUGAAGCCAGCCUCUCCUCGGACAGCGAGGGCGCCCUGGAGGUUCAACCGAAUUUCCUUUCCAUGAAAGACUGGGUUUCCAUGGUGUUUGACACUCUCCUGGUCAUUGUGGAUAGCCACUACCAACCCAGAGGACAACUUUUCUGCUCGUUCUAUUACAAAUCCUAUUCCGGGGAAAACACAGCCAGUGCCAUCGCCCGCUCCGCGGCCGCCUCGGCUUUGUCCCUGCUCGUGCCAGUUUUCAUUAUCUCUUGCAAAGAGAAGGUGGAGGAAAUCCUGACCAUGCUGACUGCCAGGUUACCUGGGAAACCAAGCGCUGAUGAGUCUCAAGCCGUGCAAAUCCACAUGGGCCUCGCUUUGGGGAUGUUUCUCUCGCGCUUGUGUGAGGAGAAACUCAGUGACGUUUCCGGUCACCAGAUGAACCUUCUGCUGAUGAAGUCCUUGGAUGCCCUGGAGAACUGCUGCUUUGACCCCCGCCUUGAACACAACACGGGCUGUAUCCUGGGAGUUGGACUGGUUCUGUCCCUCAUGAGCCACAGCAGCCAAACGGAGUCGCGCGUCCACGUGGCCGCGUCGCUGCGGAAGCUGUCCGCGUACCUCGAUGACAGCGGGAGCCAGAGCAGGACCUUCCAGGAGGUCCUGGCCUACACCCUCAGCUGCGUGUGCACAGCGGCGUUCAGUGCCGGCAUCAUCGAGGCUGCGGAGGCCGAGGACACGAUGAACAAGCUCCGCCAGUUGGUAGAGAGCAACCAGCAGACUUCAGGUUUUGCCUUGGCAUUAGGCAACAUAGUCCAUGGUUUGUCUGUGUGUGGACAUGGAAAAGCCGAAGACUUGGGCAGCAAGCUGCUCCCUGCCUGGAUCAGGAUUGUCCUAGCAGAGGGCUCUCCCACAAUGCUUUGUUUGGCAGCUCUCCAUGGCAUGGUGGCCUUGGUAGGCUCGGAAGGGGAUGUAAUGCAGCUGAAGUCAGAAGCCAUCCAGACCUCUCAGUUUCAAGCCAGACUCAAUGAAGUCAUUAGAGCCUUAACACAGGUCAUCAGUGUGUCCGGGGUGAUUGGUCUUCAGUCCAAUGCAAUCUGGCUUCUAGGACAUCUUCAUCUGUCUACUCUGUCCUCAAAUCAAAGCAGAACCUCCGUUCCUACUGACUAUAGCUAUUUGCCUGAAAGCAGUUUUAUUAGAGCAGCCAUUGGCUUCUUCGUCACGGGAGGAAAAAAAGUUGAACGUAAUGUUUAUGAUGAUGCAGUCGUGGCACAACAGGGAGCGUUCGCUCCAAACCUGAGAAGCCAGGGGGCUGCCCUCGGCGACGUCAUUGCGGCCUUCCUGAACGCUGUUUUGAAACAGAUAAAUGAAUCAGGUGAAGAGGUCCAGCAGCUGUGCCUGGAAAUCAUGGUGACCCAGGCGCAGUCCUCCCAGAACGCGGCUGCGCUGUUGGGACUGUGGGUGACGCCCCCGCUGCUCCACGGUCUCAGCCUGAAUAUCAAGAAAUACCUCCUGGUGUCUGCACCGCUGUGGGUCAAGCACGUCUCCGGUGAACAGAUCCUGGGCUUCGUUGAAAACUUAAUGGUGGCCGUUUUCAAAGCCGCGUCCCCGCUUGCCAAUCCGGAGUUACGCCCGAGUGCCUUGCAGGGCCUGAGCCAGGCCAUGAAGCUGCCCAGCCCUGCCCACCACCUCUGGAGCUUGCUCUGCCAGGCCACUGGGAACAUUUUUGACCUUCUGCCAAAUAAGAUUCGGAGGAAUGACUUAGAGCUGUACAUCGGUGUAGCAAAAUGCCUCUCAGAGAUGACGGAUGAUGAAGCCAAUCGGCGUGCCCCGGUUACCGAGAGCAGCCUAGAAAAGGCUGCCUUUGUCAGGCUGUACUUGGUCUCGCAAGGACGGCUCCCCUUGAUGGGCGUGAAUGACAUGCUCAGUGCGGUUGCUCAGCACCGGGAGAAAGACGCACUGGCCUGGGUGAUCCUGCACAGCUUGUACCACGUGCGGAUCGUGAGCCACGCCAACACAGGUGUGUUGAAGAGAAUGGAAUGGCUCUUGGACCUGAUGGGCUAUAUCAGAAAUAUAGCUUACCAGUCAACCUCUGUUCAGAACGUGGCUCUUGAUGAGGCUCUGGACUUCUUGUUGCUGAUCUUUGCAGCGGCGGUGGUUGCGUGGGCCGACCAUGCUGCCCCGCUCCUCCUCGGCCUCAGUGCCAGUUGGUUGCCAUGGCAUCAAGAACAGGGCCCGGCCGGGCCAGCAUCCAGCUUCCUUGGCAGGAGCCCAAUGCAUAGGGUCACUCUGCAGGCGGCCCUCGCUCUCCUUCCCAGUAGCAUGCUGCUGCUGCUGCAGAAGGAGCCGUGGAGGGAGCAGGCCCAGAAGUUCAUCGAUUGGCUAUUCAACCUCAUGGAAAGUCCUAAGGAAGGCCUCUCUGCGGAACCCAGGGGUCUUUUAAAAGCCACCCUGCUGUCCUUAAGAGUUUUCCCAGAGUUUAAGAAGAAAGCAGUAUGGACCAGAGCGUAUGGCUGGUGAACAGUUUUGCCGUAGCCAGCCACAUUCUCAGCCGGAAGAGGAAAACUACGCAAAUGGAAGGAAUUUUUCAGAAUGUGUGUCUGGGACCCCUGAGACGUGAUGCAUCUCACGGUCAUGAGAGGGAGGCCGCAUCACUGACGGUUUGAACCCUGAGUGCCAGGAAAGGAGACGCUGCUUCCGUACCCAGGCCAGUGGAGGCUGAAACGAGAACUUGAACUUUCUUUCACUUGGCUAGAGUUCAAUCUGAAGAUUUUCUUUGUACAACUUUGACUCUAUCAUUUCCUCUCCCCCAGAUUCUAGUAAAAUAGUCCCAUGAA